AUGACUGCAUCUGCCGCGGCUCACGGCAGGGCCCCGGGGCGGGUGCGCGGGGCCGGGGACCCCGGGGCAGAGCCCGCCGGGCGAUCAGCGGAGCGCCCGCCACAGAGCUCCCGGGGCUGUCACGGGGCUCUCGUGGUGUCACCGGGGCUCCGGGGCUGUCACCGGGUCCCUCACCGGUGUCACCAGGGUUCUCGUGCCGUCAGCGGCAGCGCCCCCUGGCGGCAGCGGUUGGGCACGGCGGGCCCCAGCCCCGCCCCCGGCGGCGGCGGCGGAAGUGACGCGACGCUAUGGCGGAGGCGGCGGGCGCACCGGAGGGUGAGCGGCGGGGCCGGACGGGGCGGGACGGGUCUCCCGCCCGCGGCACUCGCGGCCCAGCUCUCGCUGUCCCUUGCAGAGUGCCCCGGGACCGGCAGCGCCCAGGCGGGCAGGGCGGCCGCCUGCCAGGGAUGCCCCAACCAGGGGCUGUGCGCGGCCGGCGCGGCCGGCCCGGACCCGGCGGAGGCGGCGGAGCUGCGGGCGCGGCUGCGGGCGGUGCGGCACACGGUGCUGGUGCUGUCCGGCAAGGGCGGCGUGGGCAAGAGCACCUUCAGCGCCCUCCUGGCGCACGGGCUGGCGGCGGACGAGACCAAGCAGGUCGCUCUGCUGGACAUAGAUAUCUGUGGGCCAUCGAUUCCUAAAAUGAUGGGUCUAGAAGGAGAACAGGUUCAUCAGAGUGGAUCUGGAUGGUCUCCAGUGUAUGUUGAAGAAAACUUAGGUGUCAUGUCAGUGGGGUUCUUGCUUAGUAGUCCUGAUGAUGCUGUCAUCUGGAGAGGACCAAAAAAGAACGGGCUGAUCAAGCAGUUCCUGCGCGAUGUGGACUGGGGUGAAGUGGAUUACCUGAUCGUGGACACGCCCCCAGGAACAUCAGAUGAGCACCUGUCCAUCGUGCAGUACCUCAGUGCCACCCACAUCGAUGGCGCCGUCAUCGUCACCACCCCCCAGGAAGUCUCACUUCAGGAUGUUCGCAAGGAGAUCAACUUCUGCCGCAAGGUGAAGCUGCCCAUCAUCGGGGUUGUGGAGAACAUGAGCGGCUUUGUGUGUCCCAAGUGUAAGAAUGAAUCUCAGAUCUUUCCCCCGACUACUGGUGGUGCAGAAAAGAUGUGUCAGAACUUGAAUGUUUCCCUCUUGGGAAAAGUGCCUCUGGAUCCACAGAUAGGAAAAAGUUGUGACAGAGGCCAGUCUUUCUUGGCUGAAGCACCUGAAUCUCCAGCUACGUUAUCUUACAGGAAUAUCAUUCAAAGAAUUCAGGAGUACUGUGAACAACGCCACUUGCAAGAAGAAAAGAUAAUGUAAUCUGUAAAUGGAACAAAAAUGUAGUUCAUGUUUAAUUAUAGAAAAGUAACUUAUGCCUUGAUUUAUUAAGGGAAUGUAUUCUUUUUUUGUAUAUUGCAAAUAAAUUCUUAAUAUAAAGGC